AUGCCUCCUAAGCAGCAAUCCACUCUCGGUAACUUCUUUGGAAAACCCAAUGGCUCAAAACCCGCCCCUCAACAAUCGAGGCUCUCCUUUGCGACAAAGCCAAAGCCCGAACCCAAGAACCCAAAGACCGAAGAGGAGCACGAGGCAGAGGAUGGACCAUCUAAUGACAAGACCGCUACAAAGCAAGAGAAUGUAGAGGACGAAAAGGAAGAAACCAAUGACGACAUGGCGCCGUCCGCAGAAGUCAAAGAGGAAGAGGAGGAAGCUGGAGCCUCAGAAGAAGAGCCACCUACCAAGAGGCAGCGCAAGAAGCCCACCAAAUCUGCAAAAGGAGAAGGCAGCACCCAAAAGCCUGCAGCCAAACCACCAGCGCCCGCCAAGGUCGAAGAAGACGACAUUGCAAUGAAGGAUGGUUCCGAAAGCGAUCCCCAGUCAGAAGCAGAGGAAGUCGAAUCAGAUGAAGAAGAACAGCCAGAGAAGGCUGCAAAGGCUCGCGAAAAGGUCCAGAGCACAUUCAAGUCAAACACAAAAGACCCCUAUCCCGACUGGAAGGCUGGUGACCCGGUACCAUAUGCUGCUCUCUGCACCACCUUCUCUAAGAUUGAGAUGACGACGAAGCGUCUGGAAAUCAUGGCACAUUGCUCCUUGUUCCUUAGACAAGUCCUUCGCCUCACUCCUCAAGAUCUGCAACCUACUGUACUGCUCAUGCUUGGAAAGCUUGCCGCAGACUACGCUGGUAUCGAAUUGGGUAUCGGUGAGAGUCUCAUCAUGAAGGCCAUUGGCGAAUCAACAGGUCGUUCACUCAAAAUCAUCAAAGAGGACCAGCAGAAGAUUGGUGAUCUCGGUCUCGUCGCAGCAAAGAGCAAGGGCAGUCAACCAACCAUGUUCAAGCCUAAGCCUCUGACUGUACGCGGCGUGCAUGAGCAAUUGAUGACCAUCGCCAAGAUCGAGGGAUCUGGUGGUCAAGGCCGCAAGGUUUCUGGUAUUCACAAGCUGCUAUCUGCUGCUGACGCCAACCUACCAAAAGGUAAGGGAGUCGAUAUCGAGGAGAACAAGGGCGGCCCAAGCGAAGCGAAGUUCAUUGUCCGCACACUCGAAGGCAAGAUGCGUCUAGGUUUGGCAGACAAGACGGUCUUGGUCUCACUAGCGCAAGCCAUGACUUACCACGAUGUUAUGACCAAGACGAAAAAGGCGCCUACUACCGAGCAGCUGGAGAAGGGUGAACGUGUUUUGAAGAACGUGUACAACUACGAGGUCAUCGUUCCCGCAUAUCUCGAGAACGGUGUCUUCGACUUGCAUGAUGCAUGCAAGCUCCAACCUGGUGUUCCUCUCAAGCCCAUGCUGGCAAAGCCGACCAAGUCAAUCACUGAAGUGCUUGACCGCUUCGAGGGCAAAGAUUUCACAUGCGAGUACAAGUACGAUGGAGAAAGAGCACAGAUCCAUUUUGUUGCUCAUGAUGCCGAUCUGACCUAUGCUACCGCUGCUCCUUCUGCUGGCAACUCAUCCAAGGGUGUUUCCAACAUUUUCUCGAGAAACAGCGAAGAUUUGUCAAAGAAGUACCCGGACAUUCUUGCCAAGCUGCCAACCUGGGUCAAGGAUGGCACCAAGAGUUUCGUUCUGGAUUGUGAAACUGUCGCUUGGGAUGUGGAUGAGAAGAAGGUUCUACCUUUCCAACAACUCAUGACAAGAAAGCGUAAGGACGUCAAGACCGAGGAUAUCAAGGUCAAGGUCUGCGUUUUUGCUUUCGAUCUGCUAUUCUUGAACGGCGAAGCUCUUGUCAACAAGUCGUUCCGCGAUCGCAGAGCCAAGCUGUACGAAGCGUUCAAAGAGGUCGAGGGGGAGUUUGCCUUUGCUCAAUUCGGCAAUACUAAUGAGCUUGAUGCCAUUCAAGUCUUGCUCGAAGACUCGAUCAAGGCAUCGUGCGAAGGUCUGAUGGUGAAGAUGUUGGACGGACCAGAGUCUUACUAUGAACCUUCGCGUCGUUCACAGAAUUGGCUGAAGGUCAAGAAGGACUACCUCGCUGGUGCAGGUGAUUCUCUGGAUCUUGUCGUGCUCGGCGCCUACUACGGCAGGGGAAAGAGAACCAACGUCUACGGAGCCUUCUUGCUUGCAUGCUACAACAACUCAUCGCAGCAAUACGAGUCUGUCUGCAACAUCGGUACCGGUUUCUCGGAAGCGCUUCUCGAAUCACUACACGAGACACUCUCACCGUUGGUCAUCGAUCGUCCCAAACCUUUCUACAGCCAUUCCACAGGUAACAAAGACCAACCCGACGUUUGGUUCGAGCCUCGCCUGGUCUGGGAAGUCAAGACUGCUGAUUUGACGCUAUCACCUCGCUACAAGGCUGCCGCUGAUGCGCUGGGCGAUCCCAGUGGCAAGGGUGUCAGUCUACGCUUCCCAAGAUACAUCCGCGAUCGUGACGACAAGAAGCCUGACGACGCUACCACAGCCAGACAGGUUGCCGAAAUGUACAGAAAGCAAGAAUCUGUGGGAAAGAACAAGGGACCUGCUGUUGAUGACGACUUUGAGUAUUAA